GUCCAUGGUGUGGCUGCCUGUUCGACACCGUGUGGCAGCUGCUGAAACUGCAAAACAUCAGGCUAAGUGUAACAUCUGCAAAGAGUACCCAAUCGUAGGUUUCAGGUACCGCAGUCUCAAGCACUUCAAUUCUGACAUCUGCCAAAGCUGUUUCUUUUCGGGGCGCACAUCAAAGGGACACAAGUUACAUUGCCCCAUGGUGGAGUACUGCACUCUGAACCUACCCCGGAAGAGAGAGCCCAGAGAAUUGCCAAAGCUGGCCGCAAACAGUCAAUAGAAGUGAAGGAAACUUGGGAGCAAUUGAAAAUCCAUGCGAGCAACUGGCAGGAACAGGUGGAAAAGGUGUUGGAGAAACUUCAAGAACUGCAGAAAGCUCUGGAUGAUCAUGAGGCUCAUGUGAUAACAGCUGAAGGGGUCCGCACUGAUUGGCAACCUGUGGGUGAACUGCUUAUUGACUCAUUGCAGGAUCACAUUGAUAAAACCACAGAAUUACUGAACCAAACAACAGAAUAUGACCAGCAUCACUGACGGUUCCCUCGUUGGAUUUGACAUGUUGCAUUUGAGAAGGAAAUGGCCUGUUUCCAUCAUUCCAGAGUACUUUUGUGAAUCCUUGUAUUUACUUCUGGGCCAAAUACAGGAAUUAAUUUUAUUUAAUAGCUCCAAUAAGUUAAAACUGUAAUCGAAGUUAGUUUUCUUCCUCCUUUGUCGUGUAUCUGUUGGAGUUGCACACAGCACAACGCGUCUUGGAUCAACACAAAUUGACACAAAAUGAGCAACUUCUAAAUGUGACUGAAGUAAUCAACUGUUUAAUGACCAUUUAUGAUGGUUUGGAACAAAAUCACAAGGAUUUGGUCAACGUGCCACUCUGUGUCGAAAUGUGUCUGAACUAGCUGCUGAACGUCUUUGAUCCCUAUGUAUGAUUUACACUUUAAUGUAAGUUUAGAUUGUCCUAAGGUGCACUAAACUGCAUGCGACAUAUUGGAUUUUGAUAUGUACAGGAUCAGUUAAGUAAAUGUGAAGAUUGUGGACUGAUUAAAAUCAAUCCGAGUAUUGUUGACAUAAGGUUUCAGUAUGUUCUAGUUUCAUUUCAGUUCAACAGAUAAAGUAGUUGACAGUUUU